CAAGCACCAAGAAUAUCUCGCUUCUUUCCCCAACCUUUGAUUGAUCCGUCCUCCUGUCUCCCAUUUCAGCCUAUCUCCGCCCCGACAUUCGGUCUGGUCCAGGAACAGCUCGCUCACGAUCCAUUUCGCCUCCUCAUCGCUACCAUAUUUCUUAAUCGUACCCGCGGUCAUGUCGCCCUCCCCGUUCUCUUCCGCGUUUUUGACAUAUACCCCUCCAUCUCGGCCUUUGCGACUGCAGACCGGACCGAGCUUACCGAGCUAAUCCGUUGUCUCGGCUUCCAACACCAACGCGCUAAGAAAUGUAUUGCCCUCGCACAGACUUGGCUUGCUCGGCCUCCUGCCCGUGGUUGUCGGUACCGUAAACUCCACUACCCAAACCUUAACGACGGUCGUGACGUCCGCCGUGAUGAGUGUUUAGGUGAUGAGGAUGAACGUGUGGGGUGGGAAAUCGCGCAUCUUCCUGGUGUAGGUGCUUAUUCCUUGGAUAGUUGGAGGAUCUUUUGUCGAGAUGAAUUGAGGGGCGUUGCAGGUGAUACUGCGGAGGAGGUAGAGUUUAUGCCCGAGUGGAAGAAGGUGUUGCCUCAAGAUAAAGAGCUACGAGCCUACCUAACUUGGAUGUGGUUGAAGGAAGGGUAUGUCUGGGACUGGCUUACGGGGGAGAGAACGGUGGCCGGGGAGAAGGUGAUGAGAGCUGCCAAGAAAGGUGGAAUUGCGAGGGAAGUGGGAGAUGGGAAC